AUGAAAACUUUUGGUAUUCUACUGCUUUUUAUUAGUACUGGUAAGUACGGUAGGGUAAAAGACAAUGUAGAAACGUAAGGCAAUCUAAAGCUAAGUAAGAAUUGUAGAGUAUGUACAUUAGGGUUGAGUAAGAUAAGAUAAGGCUGAGUAUGGCUAGAGUAAAUCUAGGGUAGAACUAGGGUAUGGUAAAGCAAAAUAGGUUUGUGUAUAAUAAGGUAGGGUUUGGCAGGGUAGGGUAGGGUAAGGUAGAGUAGGCUAGAGUAGGAUAGGGUAAGGCAGGGUAAGGUAUUGCAAAACAAUUUAACGUACUGCCAUUUUCAGCCCAUGCCCUAACAAGCACCUGGACAGAAACGCUACAUUUCACUAAAAAUAAACUUGGAAAUUUAGAACUUAUAGUAGAUUUAUCAUCUUCUAGUUCAUUUUUGAUUGAAGCAAGAUGUGAAAAUUGCCCUUUUAGAGGUAUAAAUCGACGAUUUUUCCCCGAAAAAAGUGCUUCUUUCGAAGAGGCUGGAUCAGUGUUUGAAAAAAAUUUUGAUGAAAAUUUGAAUAAUGGUAAAGGCGGUGUGCUUGGAUACACUGGAAAGGAUGUUGUGGUAGGUUUUACUCCAACUUUUCUUACUUACCAUACACUACCCUACCUUACCCUACCCUACCCCACUCUGCCCUACCCGAUUUAACCCCCUACCCUACCGUACUAUAUUGUACUACGCCCAACACUAACCUGCCCUACCUUGGUCCUACUCUACUACUCUGUCCUAUCACACUGAACCUUACAUUGUCCUAAACUACCCUACACUUCCCAUUUUCUUGCGCUGCCCAUGCUCUGCCUUGCCUUGUGCAGUUCAGUCCAACCCAGCCAUAGCUGUCCUGUUCUCCCUUGUGCCACUCUACCCUACUCUAUGACGUAUAUAUAACCCAUGAUCUACCUACCCUACCGCACUUUAAUUUUCAAAAUUCCAGGGUAAUACAAAAACCCAAAGAGAUACUUUUGGCCUAGUCAAGCGCCUAAACACCUUUUAUGACCCAGCUGAAACAUUGAAUAGAGAUCGAGUUGCUGGUCGACUUGGUUUGGCUUUGAAAACCAAAGACGAAACCAACUUAUUAGACAUUUUCUUUGAAGGAAUCGACAAGAAAUUAGUUUGCUUUGCUCCAAAAUGCUACAAAGAUCAGUAAGUUCUUCAAGUUGUACGUUUGAUUUGGUGAAGCAAUUAAAAAAUUAUAAUAAUUGUUCCAGGUUUACCGUAUUUUACACAAAAUCAUUACUUUUAAUUUAAAAUUGACUUCGUAAUUUUAUGUUACCCAAUUUUAUACACAAUAUCGUUUCAGAAACGGUUUUGAUCACUGUGAAAACAACGUAUCUAAGGGUACCUUCCCUGAUCAACUUGAGUACAAAAACAUAACCCAAGUUAAGGUUAUUGACACUCGACAAGAGUUCUGGGAGUUCAAAGUAAGUUUUCAUACCAUAAUCCUACCCUUAGCCCUACGUCAGUUCAGUUAUAAAUCUAUAGUAACUGUGACAGCUCAUAUUUAAAUUUAUAGUAAUUUUUUUUAGCCUCUACUGUACUUAUAGUCUAGUCUAACCCUAGGCCUACUUUUUAGCCUUAUUCUAGCUUCACAAUGCCCUUAUGCUAUUCGUGCUCUAGCUUUAAAAUAGUUAGUAACUACUUUACUUUAAGUUUUAAAGCAACACUAUAUGUAAGCCACUCCUAUCUCGUUCUACCCUACCUUACCCUACUUUACCCAAUUCUACUCUAUCUUACCCUACCCUAAAUUGUAUUAUCCUACCCAGCUCUAUAAUUUUCUAUACUACCCUAAAAAGUUAAUUUUACAUUUCCUUUACACAGCAUUGAUUUUUUUACUUUACCGCCAAUCUAUCUUACUCUACAGUAAAUAUUUAACAUUACGCCUACUUAACGCUACUUUAUUCUUCUUAAAGGACCAGUUCGCCCAUUCAGAUAUCAUUGGCAUUCUGUCGCAAAAAGUGUCGAAAAUCAGGCAAUUUCAAUCAAAAUCAUUUUUCUCAAAAAACAUGAGUGAGUCGGUGUCGAAAUGAAUUUUCCAAUUUGGGACCGACCUGCUCAGGUUUUUUGCGAAAAAAAUGAACGUCGAAUUUUUGCGACAGAAUGCCAAUGAUAUUUGAAUGGGCGAACUGGUCCUUUAACACUACCUUUACAUAACAAAACUUUUUUCAGGUAGAGGCCUUUUCCCAUCCCUCAACAUCUUCAAAGUCCUUCAACGCCAUUUUGUCUACUACAACAUCAGACUUCACUAUCCCUGCCGAAAUCUUUAACACUCUCAAACUCCACUACAGUGCUUUCAAAAACAAGGACGGUCUCUAUCAAGUUGACUGUUCCCACCGUGAUCGGAACACUCAUUUCGCUUUUACCAUUAAUGGUGUUAAUGUGCCUAUCUCAAGCGACAAACUGAUUGGCUAUGAUAUAUGGUCUAAGACUUGUCAUUUGAGAGCUAAACCAGCUGUGGGCUUCUACAGUAACACAUGGGUGUUUGGUACUGUAUUUACGGAUUCGAUUGGAAUUUGUUUAGAUUUUGAUGAUAAGCAAAUUAACUUUAUUCAGGUUUAA